AUGGAAUCAGAAAGAUCCAAUAAUACCUCUCCACGUGUUCCAUUGACCGAUGAAGAAGAAUUUGACCCUCAAUAUGAAAGUACAAUCAAUAGAAGUAUCCAUUAUUACAAGAUUCAACCCACUGCACCUACCAAUUCUCAAGGGGAAUCCGCUCAAGGGGGAUCCGAAACAUGUUCUUUGUGUAAUGAACCCGAUCCAUUAUUCGAACCUAAUGGAGCUAACCUGGAACCAGUCGUGAGAUUGUCUUGUCAUCAUAGCUUCCAUCUUAGAUGUAUUAUUAUUUCCUUAAAAAAAGAUACAUGUCCUCGUUGUCAACUAUUUAUUUAUCUUGGCGAGGAUGAUGAUGCAAGGUUAAAUCCUCAAGAAGAAGAAGAUAGGGUUAAAAAAUUUUUUAAAGAGUUAUCCAACAAACCACAAGACUUUAAUCCGUUGCCGGUGACGAAUGUGGAAACGGUGAACCCUACAACUCCAGAUAUGGUGUUCGUCGAAUUACACAAUAAAAUACUUGAUGGUGAGAAGAUUCUUAAAGAAAAAACACUUGAAGUAUCCCGCGUGGAAUAUGAAAUCCUUGACUCACACUAUCCUCUCGGGGAAGCAUUGGAGAAGAAAUUGGCUGAAUUAAAAUCUAUUCAUCCUACUCAAACCGCGAAAAUCUUGCUUAAUGUAGAAAUUAAGCGACAAUUUCCCUCUGACAUGACCCGUAAUGUCUUUAACAAGAAAAAACGCUCAGCUAAAAAUAUUUACAAUUACCUUCUUGCCAGCGUUUGUUGCGCCAAUGCCAAGAUCUUUUACUGCGGGAUAUUCUGA